AUGAUUGUCCACUUCCGUGUUCGUGUUUCGGAGUGUAAGACUGGUCCAACCCAUGCACACUCCGAUGAACGCAUCACAUGGAAGUGGGUUCACCCCCUGUGGAACGUGAGUCAGAGUGAAGCAACAUUUGAGGCCGCCUGUUCUCCAGACUCCCUUCAAAGGAAUACCUUCAAGGAGGUCCUUUUCAGAUGUCAUCGGCUCGUGGGUCGAGAAGAGAGCAUUUAUCCCAUCCAUGCAGCGGCCGAGCUUGGAGACAUCAAGCUACUCCGGUCUUUGCUGGCAGCAGGAGCUGAUCCUCAACAGAGGACCUCCCAGGGUCAUUUGCCCAUCGACUUCGCCCUCGCGCAUGACUUGAACGGAUCCCACGAUGAUGUGAUUGCUCUUUUGGAAGAGGAUGUGUGCAUCACCAAUCUCAGGGAUGCCUUUCGAGUGAUGCAAGAGAACAACUUUUUGCAGUAG